AGGCUGGUAGCUUAUUGCAUGAGUUCUCUCCAAUGGAAAGUUGUACCGGACAAAACCGAUAGAUGUCUUUUUCAAACAGCAGCUGCGUUUGAAUACAAAAACCACACUGUUGUACUCGGUAUAUGUGAUAAAGAUAUUCAGUUGCAAGUUGUGAUCAACUUUUUGGACAUAAAAACUGAAAUAUCCAGUGAAGUAGGUCGUUUAAUCCUCGAGGCUCUAGAUGAACUCACUAAAACGUUCGAAAACAAAAAUCUAAGUUUUCAAAGAGGGUACAAAUGCCAAAAGAUAUUUUGUGACCAAAAUGAUGCGUCGUUUACACCAGUAGAGGAACUUCUUCUUUUAGAAGAUGAAGAAAUUCUAUGUUCUUGCUAUCCAAUGGGAGAAAAACAUCUAAUAAAUGUUCACGACACUCAGAGAUUCUGGGAAAAGAGUCGUGAAGAGGCAGAAAAGAUCCCAAUUAUGUCACAGCCCCCUUUUGAAAGUAUUGAUGAAAGGAGAGAUACAUCAGCAAAAUUUCAAAAGAAAAAUGAUGAUACUCAACGGACUUAUGAAAUGGAAACCAUAUUCACCCAUGAAUGGCAAAAAAGUGUGGGUCAUUUGAUUUGUGGUAAUGGAGCAAAAGGUACAGCAUUCAGGGUUGGGAGUCGUUACCUCAUGACAGCAUUCCAUGUGAUAAGACAAACUUUUGAAAGAUACAUCGACAAAAUCAUAGAAAUAGCCCAGUCUGAUCCUCAUCGAAGCGAGAAUUGUUUACGCUUACUCGAAAAAUUGAAUGUAGAGGAAUCUGGGAGAGAUGUUGAAGAAAAAAUUAAAAGUGGGAUUAUCAAGUGGGCUGAGGGAUCCAGAAAUGAGUUGAAGAUCACCAGCUUACUCAGUGCUAUGGAGGAAACUGGAUUUUCAAUUGCAAAAGCUCAAGCAAUGGAAUACAUCAACGCCCAUCCUAAUUAUGUAUAUUUUGGUCGCACGACAGAACAAACUGAAUAUCCAAGGUAUCCACUGACAAUUGAUGUCCCGUAUUAUAACGAUGCAGAGGACGUUAUUUUGAUGGAAGUGAAUUGGACAGAGCUUCCAAAGCCAUUCUAUUUGGACAAAUCGGAUGUACAACCAAAAACAGUUAACAUUAUUGGUCAUCCAGGUUCCUAUGGAAAUGAUCAAAUAUUAGAUACCAAAUGUCCAUUGAUUUCGAUGAAUGUCGCCUAUACAACCCAUUAUGAAGCAGUCAAGUGGUGGAAGGGAAAUUGUUCCAAGUUGAGCCAUGAAAGAAUUAUAAAGUCUUAUGAUGAAAUGAUCUGUAAGAAAAAAGUUCUUUUCCACUGCUCGAAAACCACAACGCAUGGAGCUUCUGGAAGCCCUGGAAUCAUUGAUUUAGACAAAGGGUACCCAAACGUUUAUUUAAUGCUCCAAGAAGGUUAUCCUGGUUUUGCACAUGAUGAUAUGAAGGAAAAACUUCCGAGUUGUCCAAAACAUUAUCUUGUUGAAGGUGGAAUCAGCAUGCUCGGUGUUUACAAGCUUUUAAGCACACCACAGUUUACAGAUCUUCGAAAUAAUAUUUUUCACAAUUAAUCUGAAUAUAUUGCAUGUGUUUGAUGUGUUUUUUUUGUCUGUCUGUCUGUGACCCCCGGGGGUAGGGCGGGGCCACAAUGGAAGACCACAUUUUUACAUAAAAAAAUAUAGGAUUUUUUUUUUAAAUCUUCUCAAAAAUAACAAAGCCAUAAUUGGUCAUAUUUAUAUGGAAGCAUCCUCAGGUAGUGUAGAUUCACGUUUGUUCAAAUCUUGACCCCCGGGGGUAGGGCGGGGCCACAAUGGACGACCAAAGUUUUACAAAGAAAUAUAUAGGAAAAUUCUUUAAAAAUCUUUUUCUCAAGAAAAACAAAGCCAUAAUUGAUCAUAUUUAUAUGGAAGCAUCCUCAGAUAGUGUAGAUUCAAAUUUGUUUAAAUAAUGACCUCCCGGGGUAGGUCGGGGCCAAAAUGGCCAUCCAAAGUUUUACAUAGAAAUAUAUAGGAAAAUUCUUUAAAAAUCUUCUCACGAAUAGCAAAGCCAUGACUGGACAUGGGACUACUUUUAGAUUUAAACUUUUCAAUAAUAAAUCAAUUUCUACUUUUUCCUCGCCACAGUGCUCAGGUGAGCGAUGUGGCCCAUGGGCCUCUUGUUUUAUAUAUUUCAACAGAAAUUUACCACUUGUAAAACACAUUUUAUGCUAACUUACUAUGUCGCUUUUUAUCAAUAUUAAUUCUUUACUAUAUAAUAUGCAGACAGAGUUUCCCUUUAUUUUAUUGUAUUCCUUUUUAUACAAUUUUAAUGUUAAGGUAAAAUACAGUAUUACUUAUCCUGUAAAACAUAAUGAUCUAAAGUCUGCGCUGUCAUAUUACUCAUAAGCUACUAGGAUACAGGGAUCAAAUUGUCUGUGUUUAUAUUCGAAAUUUUUAUUUUUUUUUCGGUGAGACGACUUGUAGAAUAUACUUAAAACAUAUUGUGAGUUUGUAUGCCAAAAUAAACUUGUCUUUAAACAUUGUCAGUUUAAAAAAAUCAGAAUCUG